AUGACGCUAAAUCUGCUAACACAUCAGAAGGAUAUUCUCUCUGCUUACGAUGUUAUACUCAAAUCACCAAAUUGUGACCACUGGGCAAUUCUGGAAUAUGAAAGCAAUUCGAAUAUCAUUAAGGUAGCAGAUACUGGAGCCGGAAGAUUGCAGUACGGUAUCGGAGCUGUCAAAUGCGGUGCUUCAGCGAGCGCAAAAAUCGUCCUCAUCCAAUGGCAGGGUGAAGGUGUCCCAUCGUCGCGUUUAGUUACAACAGCCAAUCAUGGCACUGAAUUGAAACGAUUCUUGCGCGGUGUACAUGUGAUUUUAAUUGCUCGAAGUGAAGAAGAUGUUGAUAUGGAAAGCAUAUUGCGCGUAGUCAAUAGAUUGCCAGGUGUGAGUGAAGCUGUGCCAACAUUGACUGAAAUUUCGGAAUUUACACAUCCAGAAGCAAUUGGGACUACCUAUCAUCCGGUGAAACCAAAAAAUGAAAUUGAUACGAGCAGUCGAGAAAAUUUCUGGAAAGAAGUAAGGGCACAAGAGAUUGAUCGAAUUGCUGAAGAAAGGAAGCGAGAAAAGGAAAAGAAUGAAAUAGCUCUUCGUGAAAGAAAUGAACUAAGCGAAAGGAUACAUGCCCAGCUGUGUUCGGAAAAAGAAACUAAAAAAUCGAAUGAAUCUUCGAGUGCAACAAUAUAUGAAAAAGGCAUAAUUCGAGCGAAUGAUUUAAGACAGGUUAAAGAGCUCUUAUUCGAGAAAGCGUCUGAUAAACCACAACAGUGUAUCACAGAACACUGUAAAAUACUACCGGUGGCUACAGAGCGAACAAUAAAACAAACUUCAGGAUGCAUUUCAGCUAAUGAAGGCAAUAUUGAUAUCACUGAAGAGGUUACAUUGACGAACAGAUCUCAGAAAAAGAGAACUCAACAGGAAGGUGGAGUAAACGGUUCUGUUAUUUAUGAAACGAGUAGAAUUUUCACCCAGAAGGAUACUUUGAAAAAAGCUGAAAGCGAAGAAGAUGAAAAGUCAUUACAUGGAGUGCGUGUUAUAGCUUUAUGGGACUAUCAAGCUGCUGACGAAACUGAAAUUUCGUUUAACCCAGAUGAUAUUAUUACGGAAGUGGAUCAAAUUGAUAAAGGUUGGUGGCGAGGUCGAGCUCCAGAUGGUCAUUAUGGACUCUUUCCUGCUAAUUAC